CUACCCAAAACAACAACAUGAAUCUUGGCCACAUCCUGAUUUUAAUCCAUCACUAUUCAUUAUUGAUGGAAAACAUACAGCAACCUUUAGUAAAGAGAUCCUAACUAAACUAUUAGAUGAACUUGCUACUCAAACAAAAGACUAUAUCUGCAAAACCCACUCUAUGCCAACUGUUACCAAACGUCGCAACUAUUAUUUUUAUGAACUUUUAACUGCAUACCAACAAGCAGCUACACAAAACCACCUCAUUGAUACUAUCAAUAAGCAAAAAGCAAUAGAAAAUCUUACUAUUAAACCUAUCA